GGCACUUCUGAUAGUUCUCCCAGCACACAGCUCUUGAAAGCUACCAGCCUCGUGAAAAGAGAACAGACACAGAGAGAGAACAGAGAGGUAGUGGGACACAAAUUACAGCUAACGCAGGAUUGCCCGAGAGACCGGCUGAUUUCCAGCUUGAAACUUCAUUUUUGAAGGAUAAAAUCAAGAGGAAACAAUGACAGAUGAUCAAGACCUUUCUGAAGUAGAAAUGAGUCCUGUUGGUUCUGAAGACCACCACUGUCUUUCGCCAGGACCUUCCAUGGCAUCAGACACCAACUCUCAUCUUACCAACUCUGGCAAUGGUGAGAUGGGGAAAGUGAAGAAGGAACAACAAGACACAGAGGCAGAUGAUGAUAAGUUUCCAGUGUGCAUCCGGGAGGCAGUGAGCCAGGUACUGAGUGGUUAUGAUUGGACCCUAGUGCCCAUGCCUGUGCGUGUCAAUGGAAGCAGCAAGAGCAAGCCCCAUGUCAAGCGGCCUAUGAAUGCCUUCAUGGUGUGGGCUCAAGCGGCCCGGAGGAAGCUGGCUGAUCAGUAUCCUCACCUUCACAAUGCAGAACUUAGUAAGACACUUGGGAAGCUCUGGAGAUUACUGAAUGAAAGUGACAAACGACCUUUCAUUGAAGAAGCAGAGCGGCUACGGAUGCAGCACAAGAAAGACCACCCUGACUAUAAGUACCAACCACGGCGUCGGAAAAAUGGCAAGGCUGCCCAAGGAGAAAAUGAUGGCCAGGCUGAUGGGGAAGCUGGUGGAGCUGCAGCUAUUCAAGCCCACUAUAAGAAUGCCCAUAUGGACCAUAGGCAUCCUGGAGAAGGAUCUCCCUUGUCUGAUGGGCAUCCUGAACAUUCUUCAGGUCAGAGCCAUGGACCUCCCACUCCACCAACUACACCGAAGACGGAGCUCCAGACGGGUAAGGCUGACUCCAAACGGGAUGGGCGUUCCCUUGGGGAAGGAGGAAAGCCCCACAUCGACUUUGGCAAUGUGGAUAUCGGGGAGAUCAGCCACGAAGUGAUGUCCAAUAUGGAGCCCUUCGAUGUCAACGAGUUUGAUCAGUAUCUUCCACCAAAUGGACAUGCUGCUCACCCAGGCCAUGUGGGGGGUUAUGCCACAGCUGCUGGUUACGGCCUUGGUAGUGCCCUGGCUGCAGCCAGUGGACACUCUGCCUGGAUCUCCAAGCAGCAUGGAGUCUCUUUGUCUGCUGCCACAUCCUCAGUGGUAGAUUCGAAGACACAAGUAAAAACAGAGGGCUCUACUCCUGGGGGUCAUUAUACUGACCAACCCUCCACUUCCCAGUUAGCUUACACAUCACUCAGUCUGCCCCAUUAUGGCUCAGCUUUUCCCUCUAUAUCCAGGCCCCAGUUUGAUUAUCCUGAUCACCAACCUUCAGGACCCUAUUACAGCCACUCUAGUCAGGCUUCUGGUCUCUACUCAGCCUUCUCAUAUAUGGGGCCCUCUCAGCGUCCUCUGUACACUGCCAUCUCUGACCCAGCCCCUUCAGUGCCACAGUCCCACAGCCCCACACACUGGGAACAGCCUGUGUAUACAACCCUCUCAAGACCCUAGGGAAUGGGGAGCAGUGACCAAAGCAGCAGCGGAAAAGCUCCAAAGAAUCAGCCCCAGAAGAUGAGCCUCCAAGUUCCAAGGUCUUUUGGUGUCAUCCAUUCGCCAGAAUCCACAGAAUAUCCGGGGAUGUCUAUCAUGACCACAGUUAUCGAUGGCUCACCUGGCUGGAGGAAGGUUCCCAACCACCCCCCCUACUCCCAGUCCCUGAGUGGCUUUCAAGAUCCCAUAGGCCUUCUAAAGGAGGGUGAUUCUAGGCAUGGAGCAACAAGUCAUGGUUGGUUUUUGUAAGGCAGAUUGAGGGUUUUAAGUAAUUACAAGAAUAACAUUGAGAGAUAAUUCCUCCCUUCUCUUCCCCCAUCCUCAACUGUCCAAACAAUCUGUCUGAUAUUUUAAGAAAGAAACCAAUAACCAUAACUUUGCCACAGUCUAUGGGUAAAUUAUGGCUAGAGCUGGGCACGCUGUGGUGGAUAUGUUACAGAAGAAAUGCAGUGAUGCAGCUGUUGUGGACAGAGCUCUAGGACAUUCGUGCUUCAGAGUUGCACAUGCAUGAAAUUUAGUUCUCCAUUGGAAGAUCACCCUGUGCUUGCUUUUCCUGUUGUACUUGGCAUCUCAGUUUCUGCCUAUCUAUUCCAUCGCCUCUCUGCUGCCUGGCUCUCUUAAGACUUAACUACACAGUACAUUGGACUCAGGAACUGUAUUAUAUGAUCUGGCCACUUUUGCAUGUAAGUGCAUCCAUGUGCACACACCUGCUGGUCCCUUGACCAUAAAUGGCAAAGCAGACUGAAUUUUCAUUCUUGGUAAUGAACGUUUUGUAUUCCUAGUCUCUUCCCAGUACUUCAUGGUUCCUUUCUAACUCUCCCAACUAUCCUUCUAAUAGUCAAAAAAAUAUCCUGCCAAAGCCAAUGUUUUUUCUUCUGGCAUGCUUAUGAAUGUGUUUUCCAUGUAUGAGUGUGUAUAUGUGGGUGUAGGGAAAUUGAGGAAAGACAGCAAGUCAGUAUGGUUUUUUUCCUUCAUGCUUAAUUAGAGAACAAAAGUGCCACAGCAUUAAUCUUAUUGUUUCAUGAAACAUCUUAGGAUGUUUGGGUGCCUGAGGCAGAAUGUUCAAAUGAUAUCCAGAAAUGGUAAAAAUAUUAGCUGAUCAUUUGCUGCCCUUCAAUCAUUAACCAAAAUCAGCUAUAAAUGGAGGACUGUGUUACCAUGCCUUUUGGCCACAAAGUAAAAGCAUGGAAACAUCAAUGCACUAGAAACAACAGAUACUAUGGAAGUACAUGAGAAAAAGCCAUUACUGGCUGUAGUAGUCUUUCUCAAACUUGGCAGCUUGAAGACGCAUGACUUCAAUUCCCAGAAUUCUCCAACCAGCAUCUUCAAGUUGUCAAGGUUGAGAAACACUGAGCUAUAGUAUUGUAUGUUAGUGUUACGUUUUGUUUUUCCCAACAUCUUUAGACUGAGACGGCUGAGGUUUGCCUGCCCCAAGUUAUGAACUUAUAUAUGCUUACUUCCAUGUUCAGCUAUGGAUAAUUAUCUUUUCUCUAUGGUAUUUGAAAAGAACAUGUAGUAUGGCUGUAUCUCUUAUAAUCUAUUAACUGCUAUGCACCCUUAUUUAUGCAAGUAGCAUAUCUUUUCCUGUCCCCAAUGCUACAAACUUAAGUUGUCCUAGCAUCAUUAACUUUGCAUCAAAUGUAUGGAGUAAUAAACUUUAAAUGUUUUAGCUAUG